AUGGCUGUUGGAACAAAGAUCAUGGUUGGCCGCAAUGUUAUCGUGCGGAAGCUUGAUUCUCUCGAGGCUUUAGGAGCUGUGACCAAUAUUUGCUCCGACAAGACUGGCACGUUGACCCAAGGAAAGAUGGUAGUCAAAAAAGCUUGGAUCAUAGCAGAAGGUACCUAUUCUGUUGGUGACUCAAACAAUCCAGUUGACCCAACAUCUGCGAAGAUUUCUCUUGAAACUGACCCCCCAUUCGAUGACACUCCACACAGGUCUCCAUGGCUCCCAGCCUCCAAAUUUACCGGCAAGCAAUUUCUCACCCAGUACUUGGACAUUGCUACGUUUUGCAAUCUUGCGUCGGUCCAUCGCAAUCGCGAAACGCAAAGGUGGGAUGCUCGCGGUGACCCGACUGAAAUUGCCAUUCAGGUUUUUGCCAGUCGUUUUGAUUGGGGCCGUCGGAAAUUCACCUCUGGAGACAAUCCGUCAUGGACUCAACUCGCUGAGUAUCCCUUUGAUUCCGAUGUUAAGCGUAUGACAGUCAUUUAUCGGAACUCUCACUCAGAUAGAGAGAAGGUCUGCGCGGAAUGGGCUUUCAUGAAGGGUGCCGUAGAGAGGGUGUUGGAGGCUUGCACCACUAUCCAAUAUGCGGAUGGGGCCGUCCCUAUGGACGCGGCGCAAGAAGAAAAGAUUCUGAAGAACAUGGAAGCACUGGCUACUCAAGGCCUUCGUGUUCUAGCCCUUGCAAAAAGACCUUGGCAUUCCCAAACCGAGGAUUGGGGUCACCUACCACGUGCAGAUGUGGAGAGGGAUAUGACUCUCUUUGGUCUUAUUGGACUUUAUGACCCUCCACGUGUGGAAACAGCGGAUGCUGUCAGGGCUUGUCAUAGAGCUGGGAUCAACGUCCACAUGUUGACGGGUGACCAUAAGCAGACAGCUCGAGCAAUUGCUAUUGAAGUCGGAAUACUCCCAUCACGUAUUGAUCAAUUGUCGCCAGAUACCAAAGUACGCAUGGUGGAGGCCCUACACCGUAGGAAGAAAUUUGUUGCGAUGACCGGCGAUGGUGUUAACGAUUCUCCUGCGCUCAAACGUGCCGAUGUCGGCAUCGGUAUGGGUAUGGCCGGCAGCGAUGUUGCUAAAGACGCUUCGGAUAUUGUGCUCACGGAUGAUAACUUUGCUUCUAUCCUCAACUCUAUUGAAGAGGGAAGGCGAAUGUUUGAUAACAUCAAAAAGUUUGUUUUGCAUCUACUGGCUGAGAAUAUUGCACAAGCUUGCACCCUUCUCAUUGGCCUAGCUUUCAAGGAUGGCACAGGGCUCUCGGUUUUCCCGCUCGCACCCGUUGAGAUUCUAUGGAUUAUCAUGAUCACUAGUAGUUUCCCUGAUAUGGGACUCGGGUGGGAGCCCGCGUCGGAUGAUGUCAUGACUAGGCCGCCUCAUAAUCUCAAAGUUGGUAUCUUUACGAUGGAGCUUCUUGUGGACAUGGCGGUUUACGGAUUCUGGAUGGCUGCCCUUUGCCUCGCAUCGUUCUCAUUAGUUGUCUUCGGAUUUGGUGAUGGUAACCUAGGACACAACUGCAACCACAGAAUAAACGAUGGAUGUGAACUCGUUUAUAGAGCGCGAAGCACUACCUUUACCUGCCUCACCUGGUUUGCCUUAUUCUUGGCUUGGGAGAUGGUGCACAUGCGCCGCAGUUUCUUUAGGUUGGAAUCAAACCCCCCGCAUAUCUGGACAAUGUGGGCCCGCCAUGCCUGGCGAAACCCCUUCUUGUUCUGGAGUAUCAUGGCAGGAUUUAUCACUGUGUUCCCAAUCAUUUAUAUCCCUGGUCUCAACACAGUCGUAUUCAAGCAUGCCCCGAUAUCUUGGGAAUGGGGUAUUGUGAUUGUUGAGGCCUUCCUGUUUUUCCUUGGGAUUGAGUUCUGGAAGUUUUGCAAGAGGGUAUACCUUAGGCGCCAUGGCGAUAAGGUUGAGAAUCCGGAGACGGAGCUGGGUGCUUCUACCUUUUCGAGGUAUGCGUCUACUGCUGGAUCGGGCGUAACGGGUGCUGGUGUGGACGUGGAAGGCCAGGCAUGAGCAUUUGUCGUGCUAAGUCUUUCCCAUUAUUCCCUACUUCUAUUCUUCAGUUCUCAGUUCUCAGUAGUCGUGCUUGUCACUCUUGCUUUGUUUCGAAAAAUUUCUUUCUCCGGUCUCUUUCUUCACAGGCAGUGAACUCUACACUCCCUUUUUAUGCACCUGUUUGUAUUUAAUUAAAAAUUAAAUAUCUGAUAG